AUGGAGGGAGUAAAGGGAAGUGCAGAUCUGUAUCUCAAAGCGGAUUCGUUGGGAAAGGAAUUUCCCGAACUAAGUGACUUGGCUUCAGGGAUUUUGCCGAAUACUUCUUUGGGAGAACGAAGUGAGUCUCGAGUCGAUCCACUAAAUCUUGAGCAGCUGCCAUUUCCUUUGCAAAAGAGAUUAGCCUAUUUGAUUGAAGCUGAAGGCCUGUUCAAAAGAUCAGAUAGGCGGAUUUUAGCUCCAUUCUCAUCAAGAUGGAGGGAAAGAUUCCAGUCGAACGGUUCAAUGGUUCCGACUUUGGUCAAGCGCCAGCCGCAGGACCGUGGGAUUCCAUCCCGGGGCUUCUCAGGGGGAUUACGGGCUCUUUGGGAAACAAACUCUUGUGAUCUUCGUAUCCUCCUCCCCCAUUUGUGGCUUUCCCGGAUGAAUCGGCAGCUCGUCAAGGCUUUCUUCUCUUCCAAAGCAGGGAUCAAGAGCCGAGCUCAGAAAAUCAAUCCAUCCCUGGUUUCUUGGUCUCGUCCUCACUCUAAUCCUGCCCUUUCACUUUGA